GGGAGGCAUGUUAGCCAAUCGCUCGCCACCGGCUACAUUUCGGGUGCACCUUGAUGGCCGGAGACUUCCCGGAGAUUUGUAAGCCUCAGUGAGCAACUCAGUUGUGGGUGAGAAGUGGAAGAUAUAAGCAUGCGCAUUCUCGUCAAAUUUCUAAGAGAAUAACCAAAUAUCGUCACGCUACUACUCAAACUACCAGUUUUGUUGAAAAGGUACCCUUCCAAAUAAUAAGAAAAAUGGCGAAAGUCCAAGAAGAGCUGGGAAAGAUGUUCAAGACAUUCGGCUCCGACUUUGACGACGAGCGGCUAGAGAAGUUCAUCGAGGAUUCCGAAAGGAUCAUGAGACGGCCGGCGGAGCUACUACUUAGGCAAGCUGGCCUCGAUACGUCACUGAGCAAGUCCUUUUCUCUGCUGGACCACGCUUGUGGGACCGGCCCCAUUGCGGCGCACUUGCAGGCGAAUGUUCACAAGCAAGUGCUGUCGCAGAGUAGGAUGCUGUGUGCUGAUAUUAGCGACAACCUUGUUAAUACCUUGAGGAGACGCGCUGAAAAGCACGGAUGGAUUAGUGUCGAGACAGCUGUUCUUGAUGCACAGAACUCAGGCCUUCCUGAACUAUCAUUCUCUCAUAUCACGGUGAACUUCGCAAUGCACGUGAUUCCCGAGCCGGAACUUGUCUUGCAAGAGGCCAUGCGAUUGCUCCAGCCAGGCGGGACGCUCGCCUUCACGGUUUGGCAUAAAAACAAUUUAGGAUGGGUGCCAGACAUGGCAUCAAGCUUUGCGGCGCUACCAUUCGAGGCACCAAUGCCAAGCCCGAUGCCAAUGGCGCCCAAUGGAAAGACGGAGUUCAUCGAUCCCGACCUCAUCCCAGGGCAGCUUCGUGGCCAUGGGUUCGACGAUGUCGAGGUAAAGACGGUAGAACACAUGGUGCGAGUAGAGAGUGCCGAUGACUACAUGCGCAAAUUCGAGAUGAUGAAGGAGUGGAUGAUACAGGCGUACUGGAGCGAGGAGAGCAAGGAGAAAGCGAAGGGCAUGCUCCAUGACUACAUCGUGCGACACCUGACUGAAAAGCACCGCGGACAGGGUUGGGACCUGUCAUGGAAGGCGGUUCUGGUAACUUGUCGGAAGCCAAAGAACUGAUGUGUUAGGUAUCGUCCAAGGUGAGUGAAUGCUAACUUGAGCGUCGUAGAAAACAUAGCCCGUCUAC